CACGAUUCAAAGGUCUGUUUCUAAUCUCACAUGCCGCCUGCGCUUUUCCUGCGUUUCUGCUUUCGACUUUCUGCUCUCUUAAGCUUUUUAUCCCUGCGCCUUCCUCCACCAGAAAAAGUGCCCCAAUAAAUCCAAGGUGCUAGGUAUAAUUAUUCUUUAGUGUCUGUCAUCUCUUCAAUUUCUAACCACCUUAUAAUAGUCAGAACUCCCUCCCGCACCCUGUGUUUAUUCUCGAACUUCCCUUCCCUUUUGUCAUCAUUUAAUUCUAGCUUGGGAUAUUGUUAGUGCAGAUUCAGAAGAAGGAAUUUAAAAUAUACAAUUUUAUCAUUGUUAUUUUGAUUUUUAUAUCACAUGCCAACUAACUCGACCCUUUCAUUCUCGUCUACAAUAAUUCUUGCAUAUUUUGCACCUUGUCGAUUUUCACAUGCUUCCCGUGCUCUUUGGGAGUACUUAUUAGCCAAUAACUUUUCUGUCUCACACGAAUUAGCAGUAUCGCAAUGGAUUCGACAUCUGUGAAUUUGCUAAGAUCCGCAGUGAACGGCGAGGAGGAUCUAAAUUUGUCAAUGGGAGACGUCGAACAUUCUUCCGGGACCUCCCAUCCACAAUCUCCAGGUGCCAAGUCGAAAAAGAGGAAAUCAUCUGAUGGGAAUGGAGAAUCGACAAAUCCGGAAAAAAAGAAACGUUCUUCGAUUGCAUGUACAAAUUGUAGAAGUCGAAAGGUACGGUGCGAUGUGGAGCGUAGUGAGCGCGUCAAUGAUGCUGGUGAAAGAGUGUGUAACAACUGUGCGAUUGAUGGAAUACAAUGUCUAGUGCCAGGAAGUAAGAGGAGAAGGUUAGUCACCGGGACCUCGGAAGCCUCAAUCUCAAAUCUGUAUAAUUGAUUGACUUAUACAAUAAACAGAACCAAACGAGGUAGCGCCGACAAUGUGGAAGCAGCUCCACUCCAGGUCUACGCAGAUAAUCUAGUAAAUCCGCAACACAUAUCAAACGAUGGUUUGAGACGAGUGUCUGAAGCUAGCAAUGCAAAUUCACCUCAACACGCCCUUCCACAUUCAUCUCAGCAUGUACCCCAUUCAAUUUGUAAGUAGGAGCUCGAUCAGAGACCGAGAUUCUUGCGCAAUGAUAUACUAAUAUUACCAGACCAGUCAGCCCUCAGUAGAAAGGAGAACUGCGAUAUUGAUGGGCAAAGACUCGCACAACUCACAUCUCGGGCUUCUCUCCACGGCGAUCUGGUUCGCACACGUUUGGCAUCCUCCCCACCUCCUCCGUUCAAACACUCACUCCCGGCAUACAUCAAUCCGCUUCCUUCCAGAAUGACCUCGGUCGAUAUAGAAUAUCUUUGGGCAAAAAGCGCAUUACUUAUCCCGGAACCUUCCUUACGAAAUGCUCUGCUUCAAUCCUUCAUCGAAUAUAUUUAUCCAUAUAUGCCACUUCUGGAAUUACACAAAGUUUUACAAAUAAUCAAUGAUGAAGGGUCGUCUGGCUCAAUGAGUCUCUUGCUUUUUCAGUCAAUCAUGUUUUCUGGUACGGCCUUUGUGGACAUGGAUAGCUUGAAACGUGCUGGGUAUCGUACGAGGAAAGCAGCGAGGAAGGCUUUCUUCCAGAGGGCCCGAGUACGUGCUGAAUUUACAUGGACUAGCUUGGAGCAAUGCUAACCAUAUCUAGGUUCUUUAUGAUCUGGAUUACGAAAAUGACAUGCUAACCGCUGUACAAUCCCUCCUUCUCAUGACAUACUGGUACGAAACGCCAGAAGACCACAAAGACACGUGGCAUUGGAUGGGUAGAGCCAUAGAUCAUGCAUAUACACUUGCACUGCAUCGAGAUCCAAAAGGAAUGGACGCUGAUCAUAAAUUGAGAAAGCGAGUAUGGUGGUCAUGUUUUAUGAGAGAUCGACUCAUCGCAUUGGGAAUGAGACGACCGACUAGGGUUAAGGAUGAAGAUUGCGACGUACCAAUGUUGACUGAAGACGAUUUCGAGAUCAAGGCACUUGACUCGCGAAUCUCGAUCAUUUCUUCGGAAUGUUCCUUGGUAAGAGAUGUUGAGGCCCAACGAGAUUUGGCUCUCAUGUGUAUAUCAAAGGCACAAUUGUGUUUAUGUAUCAGCCAAGUUCUGGUAGCACAAUACUCGGUCCUUGGGAGACAUCAAGGUGUGGCCAGCGAUGCUGGAAAUACUACAUCACAAAUUAUGCUGUUUCCCAAGAAGUCGGCGUCAACAGAAGAGGUCGAACAAUGCGAUUUAGCACUCGACCAUUGGAAGGAAAAUCUUCCCCAAGCAUGUGUCUAUUCGAAUCGGAUGAAGGACGAAAGUAGUGGACGACCAGUAUUCGUGGCAUGUUCCUUAUUGCAUAUGAUUUACUUUACCGCGACUUCUGCCCUGCACAGGCCACGGGUUUUACCUGCUGGUCCUAAUCAUUCAGAACCACCAACACUUUUUGAGCUCUCACGUGAGGUGGUAACCAAAGCUGCUGUGGGAACUACAAAUAUUAUCCGCGAUAUGCAUAACUUUGACCUGGAGAGAUAUCUUCCCACCACGGGUGUCACAGCUCUACUGCCAGCCAUAAUUAUUCAUUUAUUGUUGGUCAGAUCUCCAAAGGAAAAUGAGAGGCAAUCCGCUCUAGAUGGGUUUUGUCUAUGCAUGACUGUUCUCGAAAGUUUACGGGAUAACUACUCAUCAGCGGAUUACGCCACCCAAUUCUUGGAAGCAGCUGUUCGAAAAGCGGGUAUGGAAGAUAUCAUAAGUCGUGCCAGAGAAACGGCAAGACGUGAGGACGCUAAGCGGAAAGCGGCUUUAGCAUAUGAGAAGCAACGGGCACAGCUUGAACGCUUGCAAGGUUCUAUGGGUGAGAGGAUCACACCACCAGUCGAUACUCAUCUAAAUGGAUUUGAGUCUUUGGGGACUCUCGUUGAUAACUCAACGGCGAUAUACAAUGGUCAUUUGGCUCACUCGCCUCCAGAUAGUGAUGCCCUUCUUGGUGGAACAGGCUCAGCACUUCCCCCGGACCCAAAUGAUAUGUUCGAAUUUUUGGACAUAAACUAUAACGAAGGUGGUGAAUCAGGAGGAUUUUACGACAUGGAUCUUUUCAGUCGAGAGAUCCCUGGAUUUGGCAGCACGAUGCCCAGUCCUCACAUGGGAGGAGAUAAUCUUACGUUGUUUGAUCAAUCAUACAUGAGUGUGAUGGGUAUGUAAGCUAAUGUUCGAGGUCUAACGUGGUGAUGUUCCUCCAUUUGGUGUUUUCGUUUUUAUGCGAAGACAGGCGUUUCUAGACCGAGGCGUUUCUAGACCGGGGCUUGAUUGUGUAUACGGGAAAAAUAGCAGGACUGAAUAGAAUUUGAUAUACCAUUGUAUAGUCAAUGGCUGGCGUGUGACUUGGAUGGAUUGAGCGAAAUUGGCGCUAGGCUAGGUUGCGAGGUUCAUUAAGGUGCUAUGGAUGAAUGAAUGCCAGCUAGUCUUUUAUUACAUGAUUGGAAAUUAUUAGCCAUCGAACGAGAUUUUGAAUCAUGAAAGUAUGUAGAGUCUGAAAUUUUUGGGAAAAGAAAAAUUGGGCACAAGGAAACUGGCGUCGGUCAUUUCUUGUGUGUAUGGUCGGUUGGUCUGGUUUGGUUUGGUUGGGCUGGCGCUUUCAUUCUACUAUUUUUGUCGUAUAAAAGUGAUGAAUGACGGAUUCUUUUAUUAUUUGUGUAUGGUUUGAGUUGAGGUUGAGGUUAUGGCUAUGGCUCUGCAAAUAGAAUAGAAUAGAAUAGAAUUAUAAUGAAAUGGUGAUGGUGAUG